AUGGCUAACAACGAAGGAUCGUUCGUAACGAAAGCCCACGGUGUGCAUAGAAGGGGUGCAUUACGGCAGAAGAACGUGCACGAGGUGAAGGAUCAUAAGUUUGUGGCAAGGUUUUUUAAGCAACCGACCUUUUGCAGUCAUUGUAAGGAUUUCAUAUGGGGAUUUGGCAAACAAGGAUUCCAAUGUCAAGUGUGCUGUUUUGUGGUCCACAAACGCUGUCAUGAGUUUGUAUCGUUCAGUUGUCCUGGAGCUGACAAAGGACCAGAUUCUGAUUCUCCAAAUGUUCACAAAUUCAAGGUUCAUUCGUAUGGCAGUCCGACGUUCUGCGACCAUUGCGGCUCACUGCUAUAUGGACUUCUGCAUCAAGGCCUCAAGUGCGACGCAUGUGACAUGAACGUUCACAAACGAUGUCAGGACAAGGUGCCCAAGCUAUGUGGAAUUGACCAUACAGAGCGGCGUGGACGGAUUCACCUAUUGGCCAAACAAGAAGGGUCAAAACUCCGUAUGGAAGUGCGGGAAGCCAGAAACCUUAUUCCCAUGGACCCAAAUGGACUGGCUGAUCCUUAUGUGAAAGUAAAACUUAUUCCAGAUGAAGGCAACAAAACCAAAAAGAAAACCAAAACAGUGAAGGCCACGCUCAACCCGGAAUGGAAUGAAAGUUUUACUUUUGAUCUCACGGCGGAGGACCAUGCUAAGCGUCUCUCUGUAGAAGUAUGGGACUGGGACCGUACCUCACGUAAUGACUUCAUGGGCUCUCUGUCCUUCGGGAUCUCAGAAAUUCUGAAAAACCCGAUCGAGGGCUGGUUUAAAUUGCUUAGUCAGGAAGAAGGAGAGUUUUAUGGAAUACCAGUCCCUGAUGAUGUGACAGCCAAUAUGCAAGAACUAAAGAAACGCUUUCAGAAGCAGUUAAAUAUAGAUGACAGAAAGCUGCCCCCCAGUCAGGACAUAUCCAAGAACCUUUCCAAACAAGACAUUGUCAGAGCUAGUGAUUUUAAUUUCCUUACAGUUCUGGGAAAGGGCAGCUUUGGCAAGGUGGUCAUGGCAGAAAGAAAAGGUACGGAGGAACUGUACGCGGUAAAAAUUCUCAAAAAAGAUGUGAUCAUACAAGAUGACGACGUGGAAUGUACGAUGAUAGAAAAACGGGUUUUAGCUCUGGCUAACAAACCCCCGUUCCUUGUUCAGCUUCACUCCUGUUUCCAGACCAUGGACCGAUUGUAUUUUGUGAUGGAAUAUGUCAACGGAGGAGAUUUAAUGUACAGAAUUCAACAAGAAGGCAAAUUUAAAGAACCUGUUGCUGUGUUUUAUGCAGCAGAAAUUGCAAUUGGCCUUUUAUUCCUUCAUGGCCAGGGUAUUGUUUACAGAGAUUUAAAACUGGAUAAUGUUAUGUUAGAUGCUGAAGGCCAUAUCAAAAUAGCUGACUUUGGAAUGUGUAAGGAAGGAAUCUUUGGAGAAAAAACCACGCGGACAUUUUGCGGAACGCCGGAUUACAUUGCUCCAGAGAUUGUAUUAUAUCAGCCGUAUGGUAAAUCGGUAGACUGGUGGGCGUAUGGUGUCUUGUUGUAUGAAAUGUUAGCUGGUCAGCCCCCAUUUGAUGGAGAAGAUGAGGAAGAACUGUUUACAUCGAUAACUGAUCACAACGUCUCUUACCCCAAGUCAAUGUCACGGGAAGCAGUCUCGAUUUGCAAAGGGUUGCUUACUAAAAAUCCCUCGAAGAGGCUUGGCUGUGGAAGUACAGGAGAGAGAGAUAUCAAGGAGCAUGCUUUCUUCAGACGGAUUGACUGGGAGCGAAUUGAGGCACGUGAUGUCCAGCCUCCGUAUAAACCCAGAAUUGGAAGCUGCCCAUGUAAAAAGCAGUCAGGUGGUAUGUGUAAGCAUGACUCGCGGAAAGCUGAGAACUUCGACAAGGUCUUCACCCAUUGUAAAGUGCGAAUGACCCCAACUGACAGCCUCAUUAUCAUGAACAUAGACGACGAUGCCUUCUACCAGUUCUCCUUCGUCAAUCCUUACUUCAAUCCAAUUCCAUGAGACUUUGCUUCUCGUAUGUACUAGUGUGGCCUGCGUGUCCGUCUGCUUCAUGAGCUCACCCCCAGGAUCCCCAGUUUGGAUUUUGGUGGAAUGACAGUUCACAUUGUCUGUUUCUUUCUGUGUUGUUUGUAAUCACCUUUAUUUAAUGUUGGUGAUUAGAGGAGUGGAUUUUUAAUACCGUGAUUGAAAUAAACAUUCCUGACGUGUUUAUAACUGCUCGUGCCAUUUUCAGAUACUUUCUGUACAUCACUGCUUGUUUUGUUUUGUUUUGUGUUAACCAGAGAAGCUUAUUAAUUUUGAGACAGCAUUGGAAUUCUGUACGCAAUGGGUUAAUCUUCUAACUCUUUGGUUUUUAUGCUUUUUGUUUUUAAAGCUUUUUUUUGUUUAAAGCUUUUUAACAUUAUGUAUUUGUCGUUUUCAUUGAUGUUGUUAUUUUUCUGUUCAGCUCUGAUUGUGAAUGUUACCAUUAUGUUUUCCUGACUUUCCCCCACUUCCCCAUUUCAAUAUUCAAAAGAGAGGGGAGACAACUGGAGUCGGACUCUUCUAUGUGUUAAAUUAUUAUUUAAUGUGCAAUAUGUUAUUGUCUUCCUGACAGUAUUUUACCAGUGUAUAUUUGAAUGGACAACAGACAGAAAUAACUCUUUUUCACAAGCAUACAUCAGGAUUAAAGCUGGACAGAGCUGUACAUAUUAUUUAUUAGGCGCAAAGUAUUGCUUUCAACCCUUUUAUAUUUGAGGUGUGUUUUAGACCAAGUGCUUUCCAAGUGUAUAUUUAACCAGGAGUACGAUGUUGAGAUUUUGGUCAAGUUUACGGAUUGUUAUCAGUAGGAUAAUAGUCAACAGGCUGCUAAAGUGUACAUAUACAUGUACACUGGUAGAAUUGACCAUUCCAUCAAACCCUAAUAUGUUUGUGAAUUAUGACAUGAUGUAUGGCCUCGAAUAUGACCAUUUGCUCUGGUAUACUGUGGUUAUAUGGUUAUUUUUGCCCCAUGAAAUAAAACUAAUGGUUCAUCUUCUAAAGAUAGUUAUAUGUAAUGCAAUGCAUGAGAAUGCUUGAAUGCUAACCUCUAAACAGGUACCAGUCGCCAUCACCAGCAUGUUGAAGUUGAAUGGUACAGUUUGCCAACGACAACACGGUACUCUUGUACUAGUGCAUGUAUUUGCAGAUAUAGAAAGUAGUCCACUGCUUUGAGUGCUUACAACCAUAUAAGCUAGGGAUGUCCACUGGUUUGGGUGCUCACAACCAUAUAAGCUAGGGAUGUCCACUGGUUUGGGUGCUCACAACCAUAUAAGCUAGGGAUGUCCGCUGGUUUGGGUGCUCACAACCAUACAAGCUAGGGAUGUCCACUGGUUUGGGUGCUCACAACCAUACAAGCUAGGGAUGUCCACUGGUUUGGGUGCUCACAACCAUAUAAGCUAGGGAUUGAUAUUUGGAACUUACCAGCUAUACUAUUUUUAUUAUAUAUAUUUUGUCACUGUAUGGAAAAAUAUGCUGCUGUGGUACAGAACAUUAAUUGAAUUAAGCUAUAUAUGAACAAAUGUAAGAAAUCUGGUUUAAGUUCAGCAUCUUCAGGUAUUUUUGUUUGUAGUUCAAAUCAAAUUUCAUCAAAUCGAUGGCUAAAUGUUUUCAUCUUUUACAUUAUUUAUUCAUAUUACAGUGCUUCCAGAAUGCUGUCAUCAUAAAAUGUGCACACAUCAUAAUCGUGAAUCAGGAUUGAUUUUGUACUUAACAGGGUACUACAAACUAUGUUCAAAUGUUUAAUGUAUGUAUACUGAGUAUACAUGCGGUACAGCCAGUCCUGGUAGGAACAUACAACAACUGAGAUAGCUGUCAGUCUUGUUAGUGACUUCAUAUGUUGCAGAUGCAUGUGUGCAGUCUAAAAGCAGUGUUCUUUGUAUAAACUAUAUAUAUACAGGGUAUCAUAGACUCAUCUCUUACUGUGUUCAUCUGAAAUGGCUCAGCAGUAGGAGAAAAUAAAUCAUGAAUUAUCCUUUAAAAUCUGUGUCCAGUUAGUUCAGUUUAUCCACGAUGAAAGAAGGCCAUUUAUUAACGUGGAGUUUAUACACAUACAGUUCAAGCCAGGCCUGAAGUUCUCUACAAAGCAGCAGUAAAUAAAAUAGCAGCCUGUGGAGUUGCUGUAGUGUGCUUGUGGGGUGCCUGUGGAGUGGCUGUAGUGUGCUUGUGGGGCGCCUGUGGAGUGGCCUUACUGUGCUUGUGGGGCAUCUGUGAGGUGGCUGCAAUGUGCUUGUGGGGCAGCUGUGGAGUGGGGUGGCUGUAGUGCGCUUGUGGGGAACCUGUGGAGUGGGGUGGCUGUAGUGCACUUGUGGGGAACC